AUCUCUCGGCGACGGCGGCGGCUCCAAUCUCUGUCACCCACGCACUUGUCGGAUCAGUUGAGAAAAAUGCGAUACGCGGUUUUUAUAUUUUUAAUAGUGCUUAUCGAUUUGAUAUAUUGUUGGAAUAGCAAACGAUCCUUUUUUAUUCCAGACUUUUUGGGCAGUGGAGAUGGCACACCGAAAUCAAAAACCGAGUCUGUUAUUGAGGAACGAAUGGAAUAUGGUCGGAUGAUCCUUCUCGUUUGUAACAAGACAUGCGCAAAACAUAGAUCGGAUAUUCCACUGUGGCUGAAAGAAUUCAAUCAGAAGAAAGGAUAUCAAGAGCCCGAGACAAUUACUUAUUACUAUCACACUUACCGACAAGCAGUUUCAUUUAUAGAUACAAAUGAAACUGACGUGUUUCCUAAUUUAAUUUACUUUAUUGGUGUAAAGCGCGUAGUUUUCAAUGGAGAUGUUAAUAUAAGAGAAGACGUAAAUGAUUGGAUUGCAUCACUGGACCAAUUAAUUUUACUGGAACCAAGAGUAUAUGAAGACUUGAAUGUAAUUCUCUCUGACACAUCAAACUGCUCCAGCAAAUAUCUCCUACUAGCUGAUAGGCCAAAGUGUCCUCAGCCAUCUUGGUCAAUAGUAGCCAGAAUAGCCCAAGAUCACGGGAUCCAACCGGUCAAAAUCGGCCAUCCAUUAGAUGGAUUGACGCAUGUAUUGCUAUACAAACGGAUGCCCUAUCUCUCUGAAGCAUCGUGUCAUUUAUCAGUUCUCUUGUACGAAAACAGUUAUUCCGACUUUGGUGAUGACAUCAAUCCAUUAGUUGUAUCCGACUGGAUAACAACGUUACUUCCGCUUGAAGAAGGAAGUUGUCCCGCACUUUUUGAGACGUAUUGGCAUCCGAUUGUAGAUGAGCUCACCGAGUUGCAACAAAUCUUCUACUCUGCAGAAUUGGAAAUUUCCGAGAGAAAUAAGCGACCAGCUUUUGUAUUAGUUGGUUUGACCGGUGGAAUUGCAGUGAUCAUACUGGCGUUCAGUAUAUUCUGGGGGCUCAAUGGAUCCGGAUUCAAUAAAGACUGAAACCAUAAAGACAGCUUGAAACUCUAGAAUUAUAUCAAAUAUUUUCUCUAAUGUAGUGCAAAUAACUUGAAAUUAGAAAAAAUUCAAAAUUUAUCGUGCAUGUACAGUAGAGAAAAUAUGAAAAAAAAUUUAUUGUGAGCUUGUGAUAAGAUCUCAUGUAUGUAUUUAGAUAGAUUGGUUUACUUUUUGUUUCAAGUUUUCUGUAUAAAUGUUUUUUGAAUAUGCA